ACAAUAAAGUACCCACAGCCGGGGCGUGAGGAAAAAAGGGAACCAAGUGAAGUUUUGUUUGAAUGGACGUGUGUGCGCUCUGGGUUUGCUCGGAUGGGAUGCACAGUGAGCUUCAUCUGCUGUGAAGAGGACUUUCUGCAAAUGCCUGUUCACCAACAUGAGGAGGAGGAAAAGAAGAAAGACAGCCUGAAAAAGCCGGAGGAGUUGGACGCUCUUCAUUCCCAUACGUUCCGGGUGAAGACGUUCAAGAAGGCCAAGCACUGCAGCGUUUGUAAACAGACCAUCAGCCAAGACGGACUCAUCUGCCGAGUGUGCCGCAUAGCCUGCCACAAGAAAUGUGAAGUCAAGGUGUCUUCAUCUUGUGUUCCAGCAACAAACUAUGAGUUGGCACCAAGCAGUGACCUCUCUGUCAAACAUGUAGACACCAUGGGCUCAACAAAAUCUUCAAAAAGCAUGGAGUCACGGCGCAGACCAUCAAGGAGUGUGAGUCUGCUGCAGGCCCUAGAAGAGAGCUACGAGUUGGACCUGAUCUACAUCACAGAGAGGAUCAUCUCCGUCUCCUUCCCCAGCAGCGUGGAGGAGCAGAGCUACGCUGCCAACCUGCGGGAGGUCGCCUCCAUGCUGCGCUCCAAACACGGCCACAACUAUCUGCUCUUCAACCUCAGUGAGAAGCGUUAUGACAUCACCCAACUUAAUCCAAAGGUGUUGGACUUUGGCUGGCCCGACCACCACGCUCCAGCCCUGGACAAAAUCUGCAGCAUCUGCAAGGCCAUGGACACCUGGCUGAGUGCGGACAGCCACAACGUGGUGGUCAUACACAAUAAGGGCAACCGGGGCAGAACUGGAGUGGUGGUGGCAGCCUACAUGCAUUACAGCAACAUAUCUGCCAGUGCUGACCAGGCUCUGGACAGGUUUGCCAUGAAGCGCUUCUAUGAAGACAAAGUGCUUCCUGUGGGCCAGCCAUCUCAGAAAAGGUAUGUGGAGUACUUCAGCGGCUUGCUCUCCGGACACAUCAAGAUCAACAACAAACCCCUGUUCCUUCACCAUGUCAUCAUGCACGGCAUCCCCGACUUCGAGUCUAAAGGAGGAUGUCGUCCUUUUCUCAAAAUCUACCAGGCAAUGCAACCCGUGUACACAUCUGGGAUCUAUAAUGUUCAGGGUGACAGCCAGACCAGCAUCUGCAUCACCAUUGAACCCGGUCUUCUUCUGAAAGGAGACAUCCUGCUCAAGUGCUACCACAAGCGGUACCGCAGCCCGUGCCGAGAUGUGAUAUUCCGAGUGCAGUUUCACACCUGCGCUGUUCACGACCUGGGGAUUGUUUUUGGGAAGGACGAGCUUGAUGAGACGUUCAAAGAUGACAGGUUUCCAGAAUAUGGAAAAGUGGAGUUUAUUUUCUCCUUUGGACCAGAGAAACUACAUGGUCCAGGUGUGGACCAACUUGAAAACGGGCCGAGCGUCUCGGUUGACUACAACACGCAAGAUCCUCUGAUCCGCUGGGACUCCUACGAAAACUUCAACCAGAAUUGUGAGGACACCACGGACGAAGUCAUCCAUACUGAAGGACCCCUGGAUGGCAGCCUGUAUGCAAAAGUUCGCAAAAAGGAGUCUGUUGAAGGAACAGUCACAGCGAAUGGCCUCCCACCCACUGCUGUUGAACAUGCCCUGCCCGCAGUUGACCAUGCAUUGUCAGUGAGCAGCGACUCAGGAAACUCUACUGCCUCCAUCAAAACUGACCGAACUGAUGAAGCGGCAGCAGCUCCUCAGGCUUCCACUGUGAGCCAGACACAUGCUCCUGUAGGUGAGGAGCUACACCACGACUCACCUGCACAACAACCAAUCAGUCCCCAGGAGAAACAAGAGCUGGAGCAGCUGCUGAGUGGCUUGGAGGGGCCCAUGCAUCGACAGGGCUACCUGUCCACCCCUACUUCUGCUGUUGGAGGCAUGCUUCACCUGGUGCCUGCCCAGGUCCAUGUCAAUGGGCACGGUAGCAUUGACCGUGAGACGGACAUUUUAGAUGAUGAGAUGCCUACUAGUCAAGAGGGCAACAGUGUGGACAGUCUAGGGACAUUCUCCUCCACAGAUGGUCGGGCUACACCAGCCGAUCUCUACUACCAGCCUGAGCCACUUGUCAAUGGCCAGACCCAUGUGCAGUACCUGGAGCGCAGCGUACCAGAAAAGCCUCUGGAAACCUCUGGCAUAUCCAGCAAAUCUGUCCCUUUGACCCAAAGUGAUUCAUCCCCAUCCUCGGGUUAUUACAUGGCUAAGCAGAAUGGCAAUGUGUACCACUCUCAGUCAUUUGGUGGAGAGCCAAUCUCUAUGCCACAAGCUCCCACCCGCACCACCAGUAGUAGGGAUGCCGUCCAGCGUGGUCUCAACGUUUGGCAGCAGUUCGGUGUAACAGAGGAGCCAGUAACUGAAGGCCUUACUUUUAGUCCACCUCUUUCUGUAGCAGUGAUGCCCACCCACCACAGCCUCCCACAAUUCCCUCACCGCCACAGAGCCUCCCAACAUGAAAUUGAUCAAUCUAUUGAAACACUUAAUCUCCUCAUGUUGGACCUGCAACCAGGCCGUCCGCUGGUGCCAAAGUCCCAAAGUGCUCCACUGCGGGAAAACUGUGUUGUAGUGACCACCCAGCCGUCCUUCUCCCAGAGCCAGCCCAGGUCCUCCUCCCAGGUUGAUGCCAUCCAUACCCACUUUUCUGGCCCCAUGUCCAGCCUGGCCAGCCUGGCCAGCCACUCGUCACCGGGUCAGAUGUCCCCUGGGAAGCCUAGUACACCAGAGCCUGCACCUGUCCAGGGAUCACUGAGUUACACAUCUGAAAGGGCUGGAACGAGUCCUUCUUCACUAGCCUCCCCCACUGUAGCUGGUCACUUCCAGCUCAAGCCCAUCAACAGCUACCCACCAAGCACAUUGUCCCAGUCUUCAGAGGUUUCUGAAUCCCAGAGAAGCCCUAGUGUUGCCUCAGCAUUACCGCAGCCUACAGAAAGUGAGCAAGAUGAAGUCUUCAACGUUGAAGGUCUGGUGGCCCAAAGAGUGGCUGAAUACUCGGCUCGUGUCCAAAGUGUCAUCCCCAGCAUGACCUCUUCUCAGUCUGAGCACCGCCGUUCUCACUCCUUCUCGGGUGUCCAGGCCCGCACAGUGUCCUUGGACGAGCCUGCAACUCUUCCCCGCCAUCGCAUCACCAGCGACGGCCAGUACCAGAACGGUCCUGACGACGAUCCCUCUCCCGAUGUCCCACUUCGCUCCCCCGUCCGCUGUGUUUCUCCAGAGUUCGUCAACGCCUUAGCGAUGAACCCCGGAGGACGACCUAAGGAGAGACACAUGCACAGCUACCGUGAGGCCUUUGAGGAGAUGGAGGGUGGCCCCAUCAGUCCUACACCCAUAGUUGGUGGUGAGGUGUUUCCCCAAACCCCUGCCUUCCCCAUCUCGCCGCAAACCCCUUACUUCAACCUGUGUCGCUCCCCCCCUGGUCUUGCCAGGACUCCACUGUCAGCCCUGGGUUUGAAGCCCCACAACCCUGCAGAAAUCCUCCUCAAUCAAACAGGCUCAGAUGAUGAGAGCAGUGAGGGUGAGGAAGCACCCAGAAGCUAUGUAGAGUCUGUGGCGAGGUCAGCAACAGCAGGGGGAGAGCAGCCCACAUCACAUCGGAGCCUUAGCCCACCGGGAGAGACUACAGGCCAGCAGAGAAUUCCAAGUCCCUCCUCCCACACCCUGAACCCACCUUUGUCCAGCAGCAGCCCCAUCCAGAGCUCACAGGGUGAUCACCCCUUAACAGAGAGCAGUGUCAGCACUCCGUCACAACCCACUACUGAUUCGGGCUUCCGCUCCCAGACUACAGAGAGUGCCUACCCCACUCCUACCCCCUCAUAUCAAGCCCUAAAUACUCCCACUUCAUCCUACCUAAAUUCCAACUCUCCGACCUCUUCCUACCUUGGCACUACAACCCCUACACUAUCCUACCUUGGCCCAAACGCCCUGCUGGCUAGUUAUGUGUCCUCAGAUCCCAGCCCGCCUGCCUCAGAACCCUCCCAGACAUCACUCAGCCACGGAAGUCCCCAUGCACAGCACCGGACCAACAUCCUUGGCUCCACCUACAACCCCCUCCUCCAGCAGCGCUCAUAUCCUUAUCAGGAUGCUUCAAUCAUGGGCCAGCAAACAUCCCCAGCUAAUGGCUUUGAUGUGGGUAUGGUAGGCCUCAGUGGUAGUCCGAUCCUUGGUCGUCGUCUGUCUCAGGGAGCUCAGAGGAGCCCGGUCCUCAGCAGACAGCCGUCCCUGGGCCAGCCUAUGCAGAGCAGCCCCGUGCUCAGCCGGCAGCCAUCUAUCACCCAAGGAAGUCCAGUUUUGGGCCGUCACCCAUCCGUGUCGCAAGUAUCCCAGAGAAGCCCCAGUCUGGACCGUCACCCCAUGCACAGUGGUUACACCACCCCAGAUGAGAGGCAUGGGAACCUGUCCCGACAGAGCAGCUCCUCAGGCUACCAGGGACCGCCAACUCCCUCCUUCCCAAUCUCGCCUGCAGGCUACCAAGAUGGGGGGAUGAUGGGGAUGGGGAUGGGUGUAGGGUUCCGGCAGGGCAGCCCAGCCCCUGGUUUCCAGCCCCAGCUUCCAGAGAAGAGGCGCAUGUCGAGCGGUGAUAGACCAAAUGGUGCACAGUCCUAUGGCACGCUGAACGGGAAGAUAAUGUCCCCAAUGAGCGGAGGAAGCAAUCCCAGCUACUUCCACACCCUCUCUGACUUCUCAAGGUUCAAUAUGCCUGAUGGAAGUCCUGAGAGCAGACUGAAUGUCAAGUUUGUCCAAGACACGUCCAAGUUCUGGUACAAGCCAGACAUUUCCAGGGAGCAAGCUAUUGGCCUGCUGAGAGAGAGGGAGCCUGGAGCCUUCGUUAUUCGGGACAGUCACUCGUUCAGGGGGGCUUACGGCUUGGCUAUGAAGGUCGCCUCUCCUCCACCCUCAGUGCAUCAGAACAAGAAAGGUGAUGUCAACAACGAGCUCGUGAGACACUUCCUGAUUGAGAGCAGCCCUAAAGGAGUGAAGCUGAAGGGUUGUCCCAACGAGCCUUACUUUGGCUGUCUGUCUGCCUUGGUCUACCAACAUGCAAUCACACCACUUGCCCUACCCUGCAAACUACUUAUCCCUACCACAGAUCUCAUUGAGGAAGUGCCAGAAGUUGCAGCACCAAAUCCAGUGGCUGAAAGGCUGAAACAAGGAGCAGUGCAGAGGGCCCCUGCUGAUUCCCAUGCGUGCAACGUGCUCUACAUCAACUCAGUGGACAUGGAGUCCCUGACAGGCCCUCAGGCUGUUGCCAAGGCCAUAUCUGAGACACUGGCUGCCACUUCUCCAGCUACGGCCACCAUUGUGCACUUCAAGGUGUCUUCACAAGGCAUCACGCUGACCGACAACCAGAGGAAGCUUUUCUUCCGACGCCACUAUCCUACCAACACUGUCACGUUCUGCGAUACUGACCCUCAGGACAGAAAGUGGAACAAGCCUGAGGGAGGCACAGCCAAGCUGUUUGGGUUUGUGGCGCGUAAGCAGGGAAGCACAACGGACAACGUCAGCCACCUCUUUGCUGAGAUGGACCCUGACCAGCCUGCCAACGCCAUCGUCAACUUCGUCUCCAAGAUGAUCUCCUCGCAGAAACGAUGAGAGCCGUCUGCAAACACUGGCGCCUUUCUUUUCAAUGCCUUUGGUUAUUUUAUUUCCUUUUAACCUCAGACACUUACUAUCUGUUUUGGACAAUUUAGCAUUUGGUUUUUGCGCGUCACCUUAUUUUUCCUGCUCUUUUACAUUUACGUGUGUCUGUGUGAAAGAGAACAAGACAGAGUGUGUGUGUGUGUGUGUGUGUGUGUGUGUGUGUAUGUGCAGCUUGCAUGCAUGUGCUUUUCUUUUUGGACGGACUCCAGAAUGGACCAGAGGAAGUGCAGGAUGGUGCGUGGCUGUGUGUGACAAUGGGGCGGAGGGCGAUUCUGAUCUCCCGGGCAGGGUAGCGCAUGAACAGGAAGAGGGAAUGACAUUGUGUGUGCAAAUGUUAUUUUGUGAGGAAUUGUUUCAUUUUUAUUUUUUUAAAGAAAAAGUCAAGUUGUGUGAUGUGAAGGUGGAUUGUAAAUCUAUCAGGCUUUUUGACUGGUCAACCAAAGAUUUAAAAAAAAAAAAAGUAGUCAGGGCGCGUAUAGUGUGCCACUGUCGGAGGUUCGGAAGUAUUCUUUUGUAAAACAAAUAUGGCUGCUUAAUCAAAAAUCCUGAACUGUUUCUUUCUGUAUGUACUGAUACUGUAGGUCAAUUCUGCACCGAUGCCAUCUCGCAAACAAUGUUUUCGGACAUUUCUGCAGCUGGUGAGGUCUCUGUAAAUAUUCUAGAUUGCUUUAUGAGUAGGACUGUUCUAGAUAAUAUGUGGUGCCUGACUUUCUUUUGUAAUGCAGAGCUUUUUAAGAAAAAGAAGAACGUAAAACUUUUCCAGGCGGUCUUAAAUAUGCAAAUAGCCAAUCUUGGAAAUACGGUUGUUCUCCAAAAUUCCAUAGAUCCUUCUUUUUUCGGUGUUGUAGUGUCGCUAAAGAUGCAACAGAUGUUAUUCCUCUGAAGUGCAGCUAGAGUGUGAAAAUAUCAGCUAAAAACGUUUUUUUUUGUGUAUUUACGCAAAGUCUCUGGAUUGUUUUGGUCAGACAAGGAAAGAAGAGGGUUAGCCUCCGAUCUGCCAUCAUUCUCUGUUCAGUCACGCACGAUUUUGCUCGUUUCUGAAGGGCCUAUUGUUAUUUUGUGAGGACGAUCUUUAUAGAGAAGUGUUGUUGAUAUACUGCUCUUCAGUUUUCCGUGUUCAAAUUUUUCCGUCAAUAGCUCUUUUGCGUCAGCCGGCCAAAACUGUUAACACUCACACCCUACCCAAAAGUAAGCUAUACAUAUACAUAUAAAUAUACAUAUAUAGAUAUAUAUAAAAACUUCCAAACAGUGACUUAAGAUAUUUAUUUUUGUGCUUUGUUGCUCUAUGUUAUCUUGUAUACAUGUAUUAUAAAGUAUACAUCAAGAUUACUGAAAGUGAGAAGAAAAGAUAUUUUCUCUUUUAUUAUUUUUGGCUAAAGUCAAGUGCAUUGACAUAUAUAUAAGGUGUAAAGUGUGUGCAUUUCAAUCUGUUGUUUUUAUUCAUGUUUUUUGUCACAGCAUUUCUUCCUUUUGUUAACAUUCUUGUUUUUUUGGGGAGGUUUUAUUUUUGUUUUUUAAGAGAAGGGGGAAUAUUUUGUAUGAAAGAUUACUGUUACUAAAGUCCAAAUUGGAGUUAUCUGAAAGUGAUGCCAACACAAUUGUUUUAUUAACUUAAACCUGCCUAGAAAAUACAUUGUCCAAGUUUAGCACUUAAAUGUUGAAGUAUUAUCAGUAUGUUUCUACUUGUCAAAAGAGGAGAUAUUGGAAAUUGACGGACCCAUUUCAUGUCAUAUUUGCAUGUGUGGAGGCAGAUUUACUAGUUCCUGUCGUUCUGCAGCACCUCAGCAUGAGUCUGAGGCUUGUUCAUGGAAAACUAGUCGGAUCAGUCAGUAGCUGCUGCCCUCGUGUGGUGUGGAAAGAUCAUUACAAAAGGAACCACGUUUAUUUCUAACAGUGUUUUAGCUGUGGCACGACAAAGGGUAAAUGUUAAAGUAAUCUGAUCACUGAGAAAAUUAAAUUUUAUUUUAAUGUUGAUUCAUAUGCCAAUCUUUUUAGCAAAGGAGUUUUUCUUUUGCAUUUCAAAGUGGCAAUCCUUAAGAUUUCGUUCCUGGUUGGUUUGGCGACACCCUAUUCACUGGUGGUAACAACUAAUGUGGUUUAAUACUACAAGUCCCAGAAUACCGAGGGCAGCAAAACAAAUUAUUGUCAUUUUAAUAAAGAAGUCAGUAAAAAAUUGGCCUUUUCCAUCAUUCUGUGAGCAACCAUAAUCUGAUGUUAUGCUGCAAAAGGCACGAGUCCAGGAACAGAGAUAGUGGAUGUUGUUGGUUACCUGGCUGAGAAGUUGGAGGUGGGCAGCCGAAGGCCUGCAGCUCACUGUGGCUGCUUCUGACUCUGCCAUUACUCUCUGCAUUAUUUAAAACUGAUCCGCUGACCAAAAUGACCCUUGUCUUGUUUUGCAGAAGCAUUUCUAAUGAACGAUAGUGGUCAGUGUCAAGCUCACUGACAAAUACAUUGCAUUUCCUUUGAGAACUUCAUAAUAAAAGUCAACUGGUGUUUCACCAGUUAAAUGCUUUUAAUGUGAAACUGCAGCAGUUCGGUAAUGUUGCCACAGACACUCAGCUCUUAGUACUGCAAAUAUACAAAUAUUGCAAUACUUUCAUCAGUGGGCCAUAGGCUCAAUCACCAUUAUGUUACUUCAUUCAGCGAUAGAUCGUGAGUUAACAAACGUUUAUUUCAAUGAAAAUCUUUGAGAUUGCCAUUUUUUAUUCACAUUCAAGGAUUGAGUAGUAGAGAUGAUGACUCCCACCUUUAUGCCUGAUGUGCUAAAAUAAGUUGGCAGCAUGAUGUAAACCAAUUAAAUAAGAGUUAGUGUGGGGGCCUACAUUCUGACUCAAAUGUACGUCUUCAAAAAAAAAAAAAAACAGCACUUACCAGGCUUUUAUAUCUGACUAGAAUGUUCCAUUAUUUAUUAGCAAGAGCAUGCAUGCUCAAGUCAACUUGUUAUCUUAACGCUGCUGUAAUUUGUACACAGUAUCCUCAAGUUUUACCCGACCCAGCCCUUCACAGAGAGAUGCCCAGUGGUAGUUAUCAGCAGGUUUUGACUUUCACGUGUCUUGACAGAAGAAUCUAUAUUUUUGCCUACAAAACGCUUGUUGAGAAAAGAGGACGUCCUCUUAUUCAAACUGAAUGUUCAUCAUUUGUUUGCCAAGAUGGAAACUCCAGUGGCAUGUGCCCACUUUGACAGAUCAGUCUGGACUGUAGAAUGUGUGUGAAUGAGCUACUAUGCCUGUAUAGAGCGUUGUCAUUUUUGGUUUGCUACAUUGUAUGGCUUUUACUAUUUCUGAUGGAAGAAAACACAUUAAAAAGCAGUACAAAUCUAAA